AGUGAGCCGCCAUUUUCCGAACGUCGCUCUCCCAGAAACAACAAAAAAAUAACCCAGAUAAAACGGGAGAAUAUAGCCAGAUCUGGUCAAGAGCGGGUUUUGGAAAAGGAGAAGACAAAUAUAAUUCAAACUAGAGCUUACACGCAGAUCGGAAAGGAUAGUUUUUCGGUUUGUAUAUUUAACUCGGGUUUCUUGCUCGUUGUUUCGCCCAUUUCGUGAUUCCGGGAGCAACACGGGUUUGCAGAAACGAGAGGCUCUUCUGAAACGGGUGCGCGUCGGAAGGGGGAUUGCCCAUGUACUAGUUAUUCUACCUAUUUUUUGGUUUAUUGCUUAAAUUCCCAUUUAAACUGUGGAGAUUUGUUGUCUAAAUUCCCCCGGACUCUGCUCCUCAUCACGUGGCUGUCCUCCUCUGGCGGGGCAGUAGGUGGGUGGUGUGGAGCAGGCCGCCGCGCCCGCCUCUCUGCACUGCAUGGCUGCGAUGGCGCCCGCUCUUACCGACGCGCCAGCCGAAGCUCACCACAUCCGCUUCAAACUGGCUCCCCCGUCCUCCACCCUCUCCCCGGGCAGCGUGGAAAACAACAGCAACGCCAGCAACAUCCUCAUCUCCAACGGCACCGCCAAGCGCAAGGCCCUCGUCUCCGCCGGCGAAGAGUGCUCCCGGGACUGCCGGGCCGGCGGCAAGAAGAAAGAGGACGCCCCGCCCCUCCCGGAAGCGGCGCCCGCCCACCUGGGCAAGCUGCAGCCGCUAGUGGCCUCCUAUCUGUGCUCUGAUGUGACUUCGGUCGCCUCCACCAAGGAGACCCUCAAGCUGCAAGGCGUCCUGAUUAAGCAGUCGGUCCUCAAGAGCCACGGCAUCUUGCCCGGCUCUUACUUCAAUAGCGGCGACUUCCUCCCCAGGAAGCACCAGUCUGUGGAGCUGUGCGAAGAGCAGCUCAAGAGCAUCAUGAGCGGCGGCGGUCAGCACGUCGCCCCGGCCCCCCAAGCCCCUGUGAACGGGCUGGCCAAGAAACUGGGCAAACCCGGCCCCGACAGGGACUGCGUGGCCUCGGUCAACGGAGACACCUUCGCCGUGAGCCAGGGCCCGCAGGAGGACAGUUCUUCUGCUCUCAGGGGGGACGCGCCUGGAAGCAUUCUGCUCAGAGGGGGACCGGAGCACCAGGGACAGCAGCCGGCUGGGAUUUCUCGUGACUCGACGGACCCUACCGAGCGGCCGGUUCCCCCCGCGUCCGCCGCGGUCCCGCCGCAGGAGUACCCGGAGGCGGAGUCCUCCGACCCCCUGCCCUCGCCCGCGGCCAGCAGGAACGGCCCCGGCUGGAGCGGGCGGGGCACCCCCUCCCUCUCCCCGGACGACGAGGUCCGCGAGCGCGCCCUGCUGAGCCAGAGCCGGCAGGGCGAGAUCGAGGGCCGUCUGCGGCGUCUGCGCAAGCGGCUGCAGGUGGUGCAGGCCAAGCAGGUGGAGCGGCACGUGCAGCAGCAGCUGGGCAGCCUGCUGCAGACCACCCUCCGCAGGCUGCCCGGCCAGGCGGCGCUCUCCCGCAGGGCGGAGGGGGCCCCGCGGCGGUCCGAGCACGACGUGGGCCGCUUCCUGCGCAGCGGCUCGGUGCCCUCGGAGCUGGAGCGCCUGUCGCUCAGCGGCACCGCCAACCUGCGCGCCGCCGAGACGGCCUUCGACUCGGACGCCACCGAGAGCAGCUCCGGCGGCGAGACGGACGCGGAGGAGGAGGAGCUGGCCAGAGCCGACCUGGAGCAGCGCCACAUCUCACUAUGGAGAAGGGCGGAAGGUCGAUACGCCUUGGAGAGGGCCUCCAUCAUCAGCCACUGGAACUGGCUCCAGGCCCACAUCUCCGACCUGGAGUACCGCAUCCGGCAGCAGACCGACAUCUUCCGGCAGAUCCGCUCCAACAAGGGCUUGAUAGUACUGGGAGACUCCGCCCCCUGUGAGGUGUCCUUGGAGGAUGGGGCAGAGGUGAAGGCGGAGCCCGUCAUCUGUCAGGUCUCACAGGAGCGCGGCUCAGACGGGGCGGAGGGUUCGGGGGUCGCCCGUAACCCCUCCGCCGACCCGGGCCUGUGGAAAGGCUGGGCGCCAGGGAGGCCGCUGAAUGGGGUCCUAAACAGCCUACGUCCGGGCCGCGCUGACGGGGGUUCGCCGGAGAGCUCGGACAUGGAGGAACAGCUCGGCAGGAAGCAGCAGCAGCAGCAGCGGCCGCCGCUCGCCCCCUCGCCGCCGGACGGCACCUGCGUGGCAGCCCGCACGCGCCCCAUCCUCAGCUGCAAGAAGCGCAGACUCGUCCGGCCCAGCACGGUGGCGCACCUCAACCGCAAGGUGCAGAGAAUGGCUGGACCUCGCUGUAGCUGCGAUGUCAACCCCAUGUGUUUCACGUGCAGUAGUCGCACCGCGCCCUGCGGAGAGUUUCAGUUUGAGCGCCCCCUACUGGAACGGCUCUCUCAGUUUGAUCCCUGUGUCCAUCCCAUCCUCUCCUUUACUGAUGAUGUGUCCAUGACCCUGCAUUUCCAGCGGCUGUUGAAGUCUCACUGGCAGAACCGACCCCUGGAGAGGAUCAAACCUAUCAAGAAGCUCUCCCUUAAACACAAGAUCCCCCUCAGCGGCCGGCUCCCAGACUCCUCGUCCUCCUCCAAAGACAAACACAAGCUGACCAACUCACUCAUCACAGCAGUCAGACUCUCGCACCAAAAGAUGCGCCCGGACAAGCUGCACCGGCAGCAGCAGCUGGACAGCCUGCUGAGCGCGUCCAAGCUGGAGGCCCGUCCCCUCUGCAAGGAGCGCAGCCGCACCCUCUCGCACGGGGGCUACGACAAGGGCCACGGCCGCAAGAGGCCCCGGGAGCACUCCCUGGAGAGGAGCGACUCCGCCCCUAAGCUGUACCCGGACGCCUGCAGCCCCUGCUCAUCCUCCGCCAGCCUGCACACCCCCACCCACAGCCCCCUGAUGAGGCAGCUGUCCACGUCAUCAGAGAGCUCCACCCCCUAUGCCCUCAACAGCCAAAGCUCCACCAGCACCCCGCAGCCCAUUCGGAGGCGAAGAGGGGAAAGCUCCUUUGACAUCAACAACAUUGUGAUCCCCAUGUCGGUGGCCGCCACCACGCGCGUGGAGAAGCUGCAGUACAAAGAGAUCCUGACGCCCAGUUGGCGGGAGGUUGACAUUUGUGCAGAGCCAAUCACUGAGGAGGAUAACAAUGUGGAGAUCGAGGACCUGUCGGACGCGGCCUUCUCCCAGCUGCACCUGCCCUACGAGGAGCAGGAGCGCUCGCGGUGGAGCUGGACCGCCAGCGCCAUGGCCAAGAGGAGGGGCAGCCGGUCGUACAAGUCUCUGGACGGGCGGACCACCCCCCUGAUGGGGGGCACCAACCCGUCCACGCCCCAGCCGUCGUCCCCGGACACGGUGCACUUCCACCUGCUGCAGGACUACGGCCCCGUGGCCUCGCCCUGCAGCCCCGCCAGCCCCGACCUGUCCAACCCCCACACGCCCCACCGGCUGCAGCCCAGCGAGGACACCCGCUGCUCCACGCCUGACUUCACCUUCGAGGAGCUGGUUCCCCAGCCGGUGCAGCCGUGGGAGCGCAGGACCUUCCCGCUGGAGUGCGACCCGGCGCCGGAGCCCGACAGCCAGGCCAGCCCCGCGGGAGAGCGGGGUGCCCGGGCGCCGCGCCGCGUGUCCGUCAGCAAGCCGGACAACGGACCACCCUCGCCCGCCCCGGACGACUGCUGCAAGCAGAAAGCCUGCACGCCGCUCAGACCCGCGCACCGGUGAACAACGCAGACGGACUCCAACCCCUCCCCCCCUCCC